AUGGGCAUUGACAGUGAUUUAAAUCAGUGUAUAAGGAACUUUUUAGCUGUCAAUGACGAAUUUUCUAGUGUGUUGAAGUUAAUAAACAGCGAAUUAAAAUCAAAGACAAAUGAUGAAAACGAAAAGAAUAAGCGUCUCUUUUAUUAUUUAACACAAGAAAUGUUUUUGAAUCCAGGGAACUUUGAUGAAAUUUUUACAAAUUUUUCCAAGCAUCUACCACAUCUGCUUCAAGUUGCUUUGUUUUCAAAUAAAAAAGGAGCUAAUGAACAUACCCAACAGAUUUUGAAGACUAUAUUAUUGGGGAGAAUUGUUGUCAAAAGAAAAGAUCUGCAGGGAUAUGCUUUAAAAUACUUCACAAGUAAUCCAUUAACACUAGAAAAUUUAGAUUCUAUGGAAAGCACAUCCAAGAAACCUAAAAUGGAAAAGCUGUACACAGAUUUGCAUUUUGUUGAAGCAUGUUAUCACUUGUUAAAAAGCAAUCCUAACUUUUAUAGAAACAAAUGGAGUUGGUCUGCAUUUAUUGAAAAAUAUCUUAACCAUGAAGAUAAUAAAAUAAAAUGGUUUUCCUGUCAAAUUUCAGCAAUUCUUUUUGGUAUGUGUGAAAAACAAACCAAAAAACUAAUCUUAAAUCAUAUUCCAAUUGAACUUGACACAGAGUACUGCUGUAUUUUUAAUUUAAAAGGAACUUUAAUCGAUUCUACCACACCAACAGGUACCUCUAAUUCAAUUUGGAUGCUUCCUGCAGGAGACAUUGAUGAUUUGCUUAAUAUAUCUGGAAUAUAUGUGCCAAUUUUAUCCAAUCAGUCAAAUAUAGAGACAAAUCUGGUUGAAGUGCUGUCUACUGUAAACAAUUUAAGAAAAGUCGCUUUAGGGCUUACUUUAAACAAAGCUAUUUGCCUUCAGGGACCUGUAGGAUCUGGUAAAACUAGUCUUGUUGAAUAUUUUGCUGAGAAAACUGGCAGAAACUUAGGAGACAGUUUCAUCAAAGUACAACUUGGUGAUCAAACUGACAGCAAAAUGUUACUUGGAACAUAUAGAUGUACCGACAUACCAGGAGAAUUUGUUUGGCAACCCGGAGUACUAACACAGGCUGUCCUAGAAGGGAACUGGCUUCUUUUGGAAGAUAUAGAUUCAGCAAGUAUGGAUAUUGCUUCAAUGCUGACUAGUUUGUUGGAAAACAAUUCAUUAACUGUACCAGGAUAUAGGGACUCUGUACCAGUAAAUCCAGGAUUUCAACUGUUUGUAACCCAAAGAUUUGUUUCUACAAUCUCAGGUCAUCAUAAGAAGCACUCAAAUGCAAUGUCACUCUUGGAAAAACACCUGCUGCAGAUCAAUGUAGACCCUCUAACCAAAGAUGAGUUAAAACAGAUCGUGGAUACGAAAUAUCCCGAGUUUCGUACAAUCUCUGACAGAUUAGUGAACGCUUUUCUGCUCUUCAGCCAAGACAUGUCAGAUUCUAGUAAAAUAGCAAUCCCAAAGAGCGGUAGACUCAUUUCAACUCGAGACUUCUUUAAGUGGUGUUCAAGAGCAAUUCAAGGUUUCGACGUCAAAAGUCAAGAAAGUGCUCUAAAAGUCCUGCAAGAUGCAAUUGAUGUUUUUUGUUGUUCAUAUUCGGACCAAAAAGACGCUCUAGAUCUAGCCAAACAGAUUAGUACUAAUCUAGGAAUCGUUAAUCACAAAGCAGAGUACUUUUUCAAAGACUACAAACCCACAAUGCAACUGACUGCAGAUCAUUUAAUUGCAGGAAGAGUUGUUUUACGUAGAGACAACAACGAACUAAUAAAAAAUAUUAAUUUUUCUUUCACCAGACCUUCAUCAGUGCUUCUAGAGAGAAUCAUGUGCUGUAUCAACUUACAAGAACCUGUUUUACUGGUAGGAGAAACUGGAACAGGUAAAACAUCUUGUGUACAGUAUUUGGCUCAUACCAUCGGCCAAAAGUUGAUUGUGAUCAACAUGAACCAACAAUCAGACUCAGCUGAUUUGUUAGGAGGAUUUAAACCUGUCGACUUAAAGUACAUAAUUGCUCCCAUCAGACGAGAAUUCGAAGAAAUUUUCUCUGACUAUUUCAAAGUAGAACCAAACAGGAAAUAUUUAAGCAAUCUAGCGUUGUGUUUCAACAGCCAAAGAUGGUCAGAUUUGGUUAAAUUAAUGACUGUAAGCUACCAAGCAGCUGAACGUCGAUUGAAGAAGUCUCUAGAAGAUUUCGAACAAUUAGAAGGCGAAAUAGCACAAGAAAGGAUAGAUAAACGCAACAAAGAUAAAGUAUUUUUAGAACGAUGGCUAGUUGUUGGAGAAAAACUACAAAAGUUGGAGAUACAGUUAAAGCACACAAGCGCUUUAGCUUUUGCUUUCAUAGAAGGAAGUCUUGUUAAAGCUGUGGAAAAUGGUUAUUGGGUACUAUUAGAUGAAAUCAAUCUUGCAAAUGCCGAAACUUUAGAAUGUUUGUCGGGGCUUCUAGAAGGCUCGCAAGGAUCUCUGUGUUUGUUAGAAAGGGGAGAUAAGAAACCCGUGAAACGACACCCUAACUUUACUUUAUUCGCUUGUAUGAAUCCUUCCACUGAUGUUGGUAAGAAAGACCUACCAGCUGGGUUAAGAAAUCGAUUCACGGAGUUUUUCGUUGAAGAACUGAACGAGAAAAACGAUUUACUUCUUUUGGUUAAUAACUAUCUCGAAGCAAUGUCUCUAAAACCAAAGGAUUUGGAAGCUAUAGUCAAUUUUUACUUGAAAGUUCGAAGAGAAACUAUUCUGAGUCUAUCAGAUGGUUUGGGUCACAAGCCACAUUAUUCCUUGAGGUCGUUGUGUAGAGCUUUAAUCAUCGCAUCGAAAAAUCCUUGUGGAAUAUUCAAAAAGAGUCUUCACGAAGCGUUUUGUCUUAGUUUUCUAACACAGCUCGAUAGCAACUCAUAUUCUACAGUGGAGAAAUUAAUAUCGCGUUGCUUAAUUGGAGAUUCCAAAGCAAUAAAAGCCAUACUCAAUCAACCAAUACCUGAACCAGAUAGUGAUCAAGAAAAAUUUAUUCAAUUCGAAGGGUAUUGGGUUAAAAAAGGCCAGUUAGAUCCCUCUAUGCCCGAAGAUUAUAUAUUAACAGCAUCUGUUAGAAAAAAUCUGAAGGAUUUGGUUAGAGUUGUAUCCAUAGGAAGAUUGCCAGUUUUAUUACAGGGUGAUACUUCAGUAGGGAAAACUUCUCUGAUCACUUACUUGGCAAAAUCUAGCGGUAACAAAUGUGUUCGAAUCAACAACCACGAGCACACUGACUUGCAAGAGUACAUAGGAUCGUAUGAGGCUGAUUUGGAUGGUAAACUAGUAUUUAGAGAAGGACUUCUUGUGGAAGCUAUGCGUAAAGGUCAUUGGAUCAUUCUGGACGAACUCAAUUUGGCUCCGACUGAUGUUCUAGAAGCUUUAAAUCGAGUACUCGAUGAUAAUAGAGAACUGUUUAUUCCUGAGACACAGGAAAUUGUUAAAGCCGAUCAAAAUUUCAUGCUUUUUGCUACGCAGAAUCCACCAGGAGCGUAUGGAGGAAGGAAAAUGUUGUCCAGGGCGUUUAGAAAUAGGUUUGUGGAACUGCAUUUUAAUGAAAUUCCUCCACAAGAACUAGAAUUUAUCCUACACCAAAGAUGUCAGAUGGCGCCAAGCUAUGCAAAGAAAAUGAUCAAGGUCAUGACUGACUUACAGACACGUCGUAGAGGUUCAGCUGCCUUUGCCGGUAAACAAGGUUUUAUCACACUGAGGGACCUUUUCAGAUGGGGAGAGCGAUACAGAUUAGCCCAGAAUUCCAAGAAACUGUACGAUUGGGAUCAACACUUAGCAGAUGAAGGUUAUUUAGUAUUAGCUGGAAAAGUAAGACGAUCCGAAGAGAAAAAUGAAAUUAUCGAGGUCUUGCAGAAACAUUUGAAGAGGGAAGUUGAUCCGGAUCGUCUAUUUACACUAUCUGAUAGAACAUCUACCGUUACCCAACAUAUACUUAAAAAAAUCGAAGACAACAGGUCCAGAUAUAAAAACAUUGUCUGGACGUACAAUAUGCGACAGUUGGCAGUACUGGUUUCAAAGGCACUGGAUUUCAAAGAACCGGUUCUAUUAGUGGGUGAAACCGGUGGAGGUAAAACGACUGUAUGCAAAUUAAUAGCAGAAAACAACGGACAAAACCUUGUAACUGUCAAUUGUCACAUGCAUACUGAAAGCAGCGAUUUUAUUGGCGGAUUGAGACCUGUAAGAGAUCAUUCAAACGAAGAGUCUACAAGACUUUUUGAAUGGGUCGACGGUCCUCUUAUAACGGCCAUGAUACAGGGAAGCGUUUUUCUGGCUGAUGAAAUAUCUUUGGCUGACGAUAGUGUUUUAGAAAGACUUAAUUCUUUAUUAGAGCCCGAAAGAACCCUCCUGUUGGCAGAAAAAGGAAUUGAUUUAAACAAUAAAGAAAACUCGGAGCUCGUUGUGGCCCAUCAAAACUUCUUCUUCAUCGGUACCAUGAAUCCCGGCGGUGAUUUCGGCAAAAAGGAAUUGUCUCCAGCUUUAAGAAACAGAUUCACCGAGAUUUGGUGUGAUUCGUGUAGGAACCGGGAAGAUUUGGUUAGCAUUAUCGAACAGAAUGUCAAGCCUGGUUUGUUAAUGGGGGAUCAGGAAGAUGGUUCUAGUGGAAUUGGAUCUGCUAUUAUGGAUUUCUUGGAGUGGUUUGAAAUAACUGAUGUUGGAAAAAGAUUUACUAUAAGCAUUCGUGAUGUACUAACAUGGGUCAACUUUAUCAACACUUGUUCUGAUAAGAUGGAACUAGCUGAAGCAUAUGUUCACGGUGCUUAUUUGACGUUUCUGGAUAGUUUAGGAUCAGGAAUCACCAGCACAGAAAGUUUAAAAUCUUUGGAGCACUUCAAAUCAAAAUGCCUACAAUUUUUGUCGAAUCAAGCAAUUCAAACAACUUCCCAAACUACAUACGUGAAUUUAAGUAACUUGCAAGUUGAAAAUAUCGCAGGUAAAUUCGGUAUAAAACCGUUUUACAUCGAAACUAAUCCAGAAGUAGCAACUACAACCGAAUUUACAUUUAACGCUCCAACAACUUUAUAUAAUUCACUUCGACUUUUACGGGGAAUGCAAUUGAAUAAGGCGAUUUUACUUGAAGGUAGUCCUGGAGUAGGUAAAACCAGUUUGGUUACGGCUUUGGCUAAGUUUACCGGACAUAAAUUAUUUAGGAUCAAUCUCUCCGAUCAAACGGUAAGUUUCUAA